AAAAUUUUAAGCAAAAAUGAAAACGAAAUUCGGUUAACGUCAACACAGCACAACAGAAAAAGCAGAAAAAGUCGCCAACCAGCCAGUUGCAGGGCCAGGCUUAAAAGAAGCCACGAAAGAGAAAGAAGCAGGCAAGUAGUCAGCAGCCAGCUAAUCUGUUGUGCAGUGCGUUUUAUCAGCCAGCUGAAGAAAGAAACGAAAACGAAAGUCGGUCCAAGUCCAAGUUUAACGUCCAGGUUAAAAAAUAACAAAAUAACAAAAAAUUGAAAGAAAAAUCAGAGACACGCGGAUCUCAUCUCGGUAAUGUCUCAAUAAAAGUUAUCUUAACUACAAGCGGAAUGUGUAGGAAAAAGUGAAAAUAAAGCCAGUAAACGCAAAAUAAAAGCGCUCAGCCAGUUCAGUUGAGUCCACGGCACAAAUAACAGAAUAUCAGUUAAAAAUCGUAAAUCUAAGCCAGAGACGAGCAGGCGUGACGGGAGGAGGCGUGGCCUGAAGAGUGAAUCGUGGUGCGGCGACCUUCGGCAAAACGGCAAUCAAACAAGCCAUUUGAGAUAGCCAAACAAGCGCGCGGUCCAAAUAACGCGCACAAUACCCACCGUGUACUAACAACAAAAUAGUAAAUAAGCCAAGGCAACUAAGUACGGCAGCAGCAUGGAGAUCAGGCGCACCCCGUUGCCUUGGAGUCCGGUACUGGUACUGGCACUGAUACUGCUGAUGCUGCUCGGCCUCACCGUGGAUUUUGGAGUUUUGGCCAAGGGCGCCAGCAAUAAGACCACCUCGCAGACCUGGCACCAGCACCAGCACCAACAGCACCAGCAGCACUAUCCGAAUCAGCUCAAUGCAUCGCAAUCGCAAUCGCUGUCGGAUGAAGAGCCAGCAGUUUUGGAGGCAGACACCAGCUCAGCGAUUGUUAGCUCGCCCCAUGAGAAGCACUUAACGCGCACCUCGGUCAUAUUUGGGCUAACCAAAGUGGCCAAUGAGAGCAGCGUUAGCCAGAAGUGUCACGCGCAGCUGCGGCAAGUGCAGCGUGGCAUACUCGGCAAGCAGCCAUGGGCCAUGAAGGUUCUGGACGCCUCCGGUACGAAGCCCUCCGGAUUCGUGUACGGCCAGAACUACUGGCUGGGCAGCAGGGAGGCCUGCCGAGGGGUUCAACGUCCCGUCGGAAUAACCCUCUCGAAGAACUUCGAUCGAGUUAUGCACUAUGGGAUUAUCACACAACAAGCACCUUUUGACAUGGACUAUCGGGUCAUAUACCUGCGCCACAGCUCACCCUGGCAGGUGGAAAUCAAGCUGAUGUCCGAGCAGAUCAUCCACAUCGGCCUGUGCCUGCCCAGCUCCUGCAGUUCGGAGGAGGUGAAGAGCCUUGCCCAGAACUAUGUCUCUGCCGGUAUGUUCGCCGAAAACGAGAUCUUUGACAUUCGCCCGGAAGUGGUCUACAUGAAGGAUCUUCAACUGAAGGAGGCCUUCUUCGAGAGAGCCAGCUUCCGGCUGGUGGUGGCCUGUCUCCUGGCCACGGGUGCCCUGAUGCUCUGCGCCCAGCAGCUGACGGCGGCCAAGAAGCUGGCCCCCCUGGCAGAUGAGCCCGAUCCAGGCCUGGCACCCGCCGAAUCCGAGCUGUGGCGCGCCCUCCACUCCAUGCUACAGUGGGAGAAGUUCCAAAAAUUUGUACCCUGCUGGGAUGUUCCCGCCAACUGGGCCAAAAUAUUUUCCGUUCGCGAAAAUAGUCCCAACGAAAUUCCGCUGAUGAACGGCCUGCGUUCAGUGUGCGCCAUCUGGAUCAUGGUCUUCCACGUGGUCUGGUUCAUGUACUUCACAGUUCAUAACAAAACGGUGCUAAUUUCUUACGCCGAGCAAGCUUUUUUCCAGUACGUUUCCUCAGCCCCUCUGCUAGUGGAUGUCUUUUUCACAAUCAGCGGCUUCUUGCAAACUUACAACUUCCUCCGAAACUCCCAGCAAAUAGAGGCAGUGCGUCGCAAUGGUCUUGGCCAGAAUCUUAAGCUCUUUGGCAAGCUGCUCUUCCACCGAUACCUUCGCUUGGGACCUCUGUAUCUGGUGGUGAUGGCCACUGUGGACCUGGUCUAUGCCUAUAUUGGAGACGUUUCCGUCUACCACAUCAACGAGCGGUUCGAUGAAAUGUGCUCCAGGCACUGGUGGCGGAAUCUGCUCUUCAUCCAAAACCUUUUCGACCACCGGGAUAUGUGUGCCAACUGGAGCUGGUCGCUGGCCUGCGAAAUGCAGUUCUUUAUCCUGGCCAAUGCCCUACUCUUCCUAUACGUCAAGUAUCCCAAGGUAGCCAAGUCCAUUGUGGCCUCUCUCUUCAUGGCCACCAUUGCCUGGUCCUACAGUAUCGGCAUCAGUAUAAAGUUCCAGCUGUCUUUCGAUGCCGCCUUUGCCACCGGCACCGAGAUCUACACGUCUCCCUUCGUCCGAGUCCUGCCCUAUAUCCUGGGAGCAGCCACAGCCUGGACCCUGCUGAAAAACAAGAUCCAGGUGGAUCUGAGUGAGCCCAAGGAGCGCUGCUGCUGGCACCUGGCAUUGUUCGUCUUCUUCGCCUGCAUUUACUCGACGGUGAAGCGGGAUUUGGGAUACUUCAUGUCCAUCAGCCUGUUUGUCUUCGGGCGCUUUUUCUUCUCCCUGAGCGUUUGCUGGAUGAUUGCCGGCAGUGCCAGGGGGCGGGGGGUGUGGUGGUCACGCCUCCUGGAAGCCAAGGGCUUCCAGCAUGUCAGUAGACUCUCCUACGCCAUUUACCUCCUCAACCCACUGGUCAUUGUCUUGUUCUACAGCCUGACGAACGCCAGCACACACGCAGAUCCUUUUAUGCUGUGCGUUGUCACCUGCGGCUUCGCAGUCAUCGUAUACCUGGCCUCCAUCCUAUUUUCCCUAGCCUUCGAACUACCCUUCUGCAACCUGUCCAGUCGGCUGCUGAGGAGCAACAGCAAACCGAAAAGUGCCUAAAAGAUGCUAGCCCUAAGUUAGAUCCUUAAGGUCAACGCACACGCCUCCAUCUGACAAUUGUGAUCGCUUUCAUGUACAACAACUCAUCAUAAUCAAAGCACUAGGCUUAGUCUUGUCUUAGUCAAUAUUUCACAUACUACCUAAAUAUGUUGUAUAUCGGUGGCCACCUUACAUACUAAGCUAACCCUUUAGCAGUAGAAUCCACUCUGACAUACGUAUUAUAUAUAAUCUAUUAAAUACAAAAAAGCAAUGAUAAAAUAAAGGAUUAUUGAAAAAAUUUAAUUUGAUAGCAAGCUUUUUAUUUUCUUUCACUAAAAUUUCGAGUAUUUAUUAUUUCAAAAAUAACCGCCAUAAUGUUUAAAUUUGAAAUUCUUAUCGAUAUAUCGUGAUAAGUCGUGGGCUCCCCCUUUAGAGUGACCAAAGAAAAGUGUGUACGAAAUGCCAGCUUCGCCGCUUGAUUGUAUGUUUCUCUCAGGCUACAAUUAUGAAUCUUCAUGUUAAUUCAGAACACGAGUGAGACUAAUGCAUUGGCGAAAAUCAGGUAACCUCCGCAUGGCCACACUGUCAAUGCUGCGAAUGGCCACACUAACCCAAGUUGUUGUUGUGGAAUUGUUGUUGUUUUUUUUCUUCGCGCGCGGGUGGCUGCUUUGCUAGCGGCGGGUUGUUUUUUUGUUUUCGUUGGAUUUUUCGAAAACCACAAGAAUAUAUUCGCGAAGGCCUAAGCCAAACCGCGCCAACGACAGGCACUUUUUAAGAAUUAAAAAGGUGAAACUAAAAGGAUUAAUUCGCUGGCAAGCAGUGCAAACAUUCCAAGGCCCAGCAUCCUUUGGCCUCUUCUUCUUCCCCCAUCUUCAUCUUGUGCAUUCCUAAUUGCGCGAGUGUGUGAGUGUGCGUGCUACACCCUACAACACCCUCGGCUGGAAAUUGUGUUAAAAAUGAAUAAAAUUAAAGCUGCCAAUGGAAAUAUUGAUGCCAAAAUGAAAUGCGCGCGUGUGCAUUAAAUUAUCGCCUCUCUCCAACUUCGGUUUGCACACCUCUGGCGAAGGUGUGUGCGUGUGCAAGUGCUUUGUUUUUUGCAAUUAAUUAAAAAAAAAAAAAGAAACGCACCGAAGGUCGAAUAAAUUCCCAGCUGUAUAUAUUUAAA